GCACACAUUCUCUCUCCCUUUUUCCCUCUCUCUCUCUCUCUCUCGCCAUCAUCUUCGAGCUUCGGUCAAGGCGUUCGCCCGUUUCUCCGCCGGCUUCGCUUCACGGCUCACCGAUCGGACUCGCCACGAGACGGCGGCGGCGGCUACGGCGGCGACUGCGGCGGCGGCGGCGGCGGCGGCGGCGAGGAAUGACGUGAACCUGUCGAGCGCGAUCCGGCCUCCGUCGCUCGCGGCAUGGCCCGCCGCCCUCCUCCUCUCUCGCCCUCCGUCGUCCUCCUCUUCCUCCUCCUAAUCCUCCUUCCGGCUUGCUUGCUCGUCGCCCGUGGCGAACCUAAUCGCGGCGCGCCUCGCUUGACGCCCAUCGACCUCGAUCUCUAUCAUUCCAGCGCUCGUUUGAUGGAAGAGAUAAAGGCUUUGGUUCACCGUCACCCGGAUAAACUUACGAUGAAUAAUUUUAGAAGUGGAAAUAGAGGUUAUCGAGCAGAGCUAGCCGUUGUUACCUAUUGCCGCAAUGUCAGAGAAAUCAAUGACAAGUCGAAGUUUCGGAUUCUUCUUAGUUUUGGACAGCAUGGAAGGGAGCUAAUUACAUCUGAAGUGGCUUUGAGGAUAUUGUCAAUCCUGACUGAAGAACAAUUUCUACCAAAUGUAGAUUCAGUUUCUCUAAACAGUUUCCUUGACAAACUCAUCAUAAAGGUAGUCCCAAUGGAGAACGUAAAUGGCCGUAGACUUGUUGAAGCAGGAGAUCUUUGUGAAAGGAGAAAUGGGAGAGGAGUUGACCUGAACAGAAAUUGGAGUGUAGAUUGGGGCAAAAAGGAGAAGGAUUAUGAUCCGUAUGAAGAAAAUCCAGGAACUGGUCCUUUUAGUGAGCCAGAAUCUCAAAUUAUGCGGAAACUUGCAACUUCAUUCAAUCCUCACAUCUGGGUGAAUGUGCAUUCAGGAAUGGAAGCUUUAUUUAUGCCCUAUGACCACAAAAAUACGACUCCUCUGGGCUUGCCUUCUACUAGGAUGACUUUGUUGCUGAAGGAACUAAAUGUUCUUCACUGCCAGAAUCGUUGCAUGAUUGGCUCCGGUGGAGGAUCAGUCGGGUAUCUGGCGCACGGCACUGCUACAGAUUACAUGUAUGACAUUGCCAGGGUGCCUAUGGCUUUUACCUUUGAGAUCUAUGGAGAUGGAGCAGCAUCACCAAAGGACUGCUUCAAGAUGUUCAAUCCGACAGAUAUUAGCACUUACAAUAGAGUUCUCAGUGAUUGGUCAGCUGCAUUUUUUACAAUCUUCAAGCAUGGGCCCCGAUACCUAGAUGAAAUCCACUUGAAAGACUCCCGACCGAGCUCAUGGGAAUCGAUGGACGAGUACCUCGAGGGGUACUUGAUGGACCGGAGCAGUAGGUAUGGGAAGAAGAUGGAAGUGCUCGAUUUCGGUAUGCAAGAGAUUAGGACAUACUUCAGGCUCUUCCUCUUAUCGUUCGUGCUGCUAAUGUUCAUGUUCUGUUCUAGAAUUUCAAAGAGUAAGUUGAGUAGACCUGGUGUUCCGUCCGUGCCCGUAUGACAUGUCAUGAUUUUGUCUUGUUUUCUUGUUUUGUUUUCUUUCUGUAAUUUCUGCUGGGCAUGGAUGGCAAUGUGCGUGGUAGUGUUAGAGGAAAGGUUGCCAAUUUUCAUAUGCGCAAGUGUUCUUUUUCCCCUUUUUGUAGAAGAUUUUGUAUCUGUUUAAGACGCAAUGAUUUAAUUUAUAAGAAUAGGGUUACAUGCACUCUUGUAGUACUGUAUUGAACUUUGUAUCAAUGAAGUAAGUAAUGCACGGAAUAUACCAGUUUUGAGAAGCAAA